GGGAGAGAGAGAGGUUGGAACACGGCGUUGGUGGGCAUGCGAUGCGAAGUGGGUUACAAUGAUGGAUUUUGGUUAUUAUCGAUCAUGGAAAAUCAUAAUUCCACAAAAAAUUUCCCGAGAAAAUUGAAGUUUUCUACACCCAAAUGCUCGCAAGGCGAAAAAUGGAAAGAUCCACAGCCGAAAUCCAUGGCUUCGCUUUGUGGUGUGGCGUCCCUGUUUCCAAAACCAAACCCAACCCAUGCCGCUGAACCAGACAACAACCAUUGUAACGCCCUUUUCAUCUCUCUCUCCAUGCAUGGCAGCCGAGCAGCAGAAGAACUUCCUUUCAUUGGCAGGUUCUCCCGCAAAAGCCAUCAUAGGUCAUGUAACUUGGAAUACUGUAUGAAUUUUUGCUAACUAGUGAAGUGAGUUCCAAAGGUUCAGAGGUGUUAACUCGAUCAAAUGGGUAAGAACCUGCAUCAUCGUGAGACUGGCAUCCCAGUAGAGGCCAAUCAUCCAAAAUGCACGUGGGGUGUGCUUCAUAUUCUUUACCACCAUCGUUGGACUCAAGUUAGGAAGAAAAUGCUACCACAUAAAAGGCAUGGAGGUGAAAGGCAUGCCAUGGAUAAACAAGGACAAACCGCCAAGGAAGGGGGCAAACCAAAUAUAAAAGAAGCAGAUAGUGUAUAUACCACUGAUUCUGGAGUCGAAGAGAAUGUGCAUACUGAAAUGCAAAACCCCGUUGCAUCAGAGCAUACUCCAGUUACCAAAAGCUCAAUGAAAUCUCGAAUAAAAGCUUUUAUCGCUGACGAGAGGUCGAAGAGAAAGGGUCGACACUACAGGACUUCUUCACACCCAACACGACUGCAAACAGCACAAACAGAUUCUGUCCAUAAUGUAGAAGCUUCAGAUUCAAGUCCACGUACUGGAGUUCCUUCAAUUGAUGCUAGUCCAAAGAUUGUUUGCAAAGACAACGAGAACUCUUCUGCUGUUAGUACAUUUGACUCGCUGCAAUCCAAGCAACAGGUAACCAGCAACAAAACGUGUGAGCUGUGCUCCACAAUGCUUACUGUGAAUUUGAUGGGGAAUAAUAGCCAGGUUGGUGGUGAGCACGGGAAGCUGCCAGUGGAAAAUGACAAGAUUGUUCAGGACAAGUUAAACAAAGCAAAGCAAUUCUUAUUGGCAUUGGAACGAAGAAAUUCAGAGGACUUCGAUGAAGAUGUUUCAUUCCACAAGUCAAAGCAGUUUCUGGAUGUUCUUGAUGCAUUCAACAUGAAAAAGGAAUCAUUUCUGAAAGUUCUACCGGACCCAACCUCUUAUUUGGGACACUACUUCCAUGGCCGGCAAACAUUCAGCUCAAGGAAAGGAUUCACCAAGUCAAUGUCAUUUCCUUUAGCUGGUGGGUCAAGCAAACGAGAUUUUGGGCCUAGCAAGCUUAAGAAUGAGCACCAGACAGAAUGUCGAGUGAAAAUGGUAGAGAAGACACAAACUGGUAGUGAAGUUCAAAAGUCGGUUAAACUAGAGUCUACAGAAGGAGGUAGUGAAGCCUGGGUUCCACUGAAAUCUGGAUCUACGAUAGAUGUUCCAAAAGUCUACAUGCUAAAGCCUGAGUCUUUAGAUAAUUCUUCUAAUGGUUCAACCUCUGGGGUGAAGAAUAGAGAGGGGAAUAGAGUGGUCACAAAGGGUUUCAAAAAUCUUAAGAAAAAGAUAAAACAUGUUAUUAGGGAGGGUAGAAAGGAAACCCAUAGGAUUACCAUGGAUGCUGUUUUUCACAAAAUUCCUUAUGGCCGUAAACCCUCCAAAGAUGCAAGGGAGGAGGUUGCUGGUUCCCAUGAGACAGCUGCUGUCAAAGCUGGUAAAUCUAGCUCUCAAAUUAUCAACGAAAAAGAUCGUCAAAGUGGACCCCAACUCUCUAGAAAGCCAUCUUUUGAUGGAUCGCUCGAUAGAUAUUGUCAACUGUACGAGUGUAGUUGCAAUGCAGAACCCAAACAUCAUAUAUCUGGCACGCUGAAGUUGAGAAAAGAAGGGAUGCCUUCGCCUAGCCGGAAGCCUUCAAAAACUUUGGAAAGGAUUCUGUCCUUGCCUGAUCUUAGACCGUAUUAUCUCCACCAUGAGGACUAUCUCGAUGCUACUUCUUCGGGAAUGUCAAUUAGGACCCAAGUAAACAACAGUGUGCAUGUACCCAGUGUUAGGUUGGAUGAGACACUGUUAGAUGCCCCUGCAGGGCGUGGAAAUCAAAACUUGGCUGAACUUAGGGAGUCAGAUGAUGUUCCAAAGGACGAGAUGGGAUCGACAUCAUUGGCAAAUGAGAAAGCAGAAGGUGAAGUAGAUUAUACUCCUGAUGAUUUGGGAAGCUUGAACACAGCAGAAAGUGAUGCUCAACAGGAGAAUGAAAACCUGACCAUAACAAGUCUUGUUAGUAAGCUGCCAGAACAAAGUUCAAUUUCUGUGCUCGACUCUUCUGACGACGAUAUGGCUAGCACAAUAAAGUUUUCAGUGUCUGAAGGGUCAUUCCAGUCCCUUGUCAGUCAGCAUGAUCAGGCUAGCAAUGCUAUUGAACUUGCAUUCCCUCCUGAUUUAGAGAACGGGUCAUUCCAGUCCUUCGCCAGUCAGCAAGAUCAGGCUGGCAUUUCUUUCGGGCUUGCUGUCGCUGCUGAUCUAGUGAACGAGUCAUUCGAGUCUUUCGCCAGUCUGCAAGAUGAGGCCGGCAUUUCUAUCAAGGAAUUCAACAGCGAAUUGUUACGGGUUCUUGUUGAUACAAGCAACGUAGACCACUUCAAUUUUGUCAAAUAUGCUCUGGACUUAUCUGGCUUCAGCAGGGAUGAGUUACUAGGGAUGUGGCAUUCCCCUGAGCAGCCACUGGACCCUGCCCUGUUUAAGGAAGUUGAGGACUACUUGGUCCCCGAACUCGACUCGUCUGAAACCGAAGAAGAGGCCAUCAACCUUAACCAUCUGCUCUUGUUUGAUGUGAUCAACGAAGUGUUGCUAGAGAUACACGAGAGAUCCUUCACCUACUGGCCGGUGCCCUUGUCCUCAACUUCCCAGAUCCGGCCAUUCCCCGUGGGGCACCAUGUCCUGGAAGAGGUAUGGGAAAACAUAAGAUGGUACUUGAGCUGGAGGCCCGAGGUCGAUCAGUCGCUAGACGACGCUGUCACCCGGGACUUAGCGAGGAGUGACGGUUGGAUGAACCUCCAAUUUGAAUCCGAAUGCGUUUGUUUAGAGCUCGAGGACAUAAUAUUCGACGAUCUCUUGGACGAACUUGUUUGGACCUGAUACCUGAAGCACAGGUGGGGUGCCCUACCCAUCCAAAGCUCCAAUUCAUUCUGUACAGUAGUGAUCAAAGCUAUAGUAAAUAGAACAUUUGUUGCAGUUUGGUUAAGUUGAAGAGCAUAGUUGGGGAGUAAAUUUUGUUCUUCUGCUAUGUCUGUCUGUUUGUUUGUUUGUCUGAUCAUGGGUAUAGCAAAUUGAGAUGAUACACCAUUCUCUGUUGUACUAAUUGUGGAUGUUAAUGCUUUGGGCUACGAUCUUGAGAAGUAGGUCGGGUUUUGGACGAGGUACCCCCAUUUCCUCUCUUUCUACAUGUCUAUCGGGUAGUUUAUUUAAUUUUGACUUUAUGC